AUGAACGGGUACCACAAGGACGACAAGCUGACCCUCGAGGUUGGGCUCGAUGCAGUACCUCUAGUGGUCUCCAUCCAGGAGGUUAAACACACAGAGCAGGGUCCAACUAUCUUGGACGUAACCUCCGAGGCAUCACCUGGGGCUGAACUUGUCCCCGCCAGCUUCAAGUUGAAGAUCUUUGAUAGGCGCUACGCCCACGAGCUCCGCAAGCAGCUGCAAACUGGGACGUGGAAUGCCGACAAAGACCACAUUCUGCUCAGAGAUGCCAUGACCGGCAGUGUUGACACCUUCCUCACUGAAUGGAGUCGAGAUGCCAAAAUUCCUUACAGUCCAACCUCCAUCGAAGCCAACAAUCGGGAGGCCAUCAUCUGGGAGUUGAUGCGACGCCAGUAUCAUUCAGAACUCGCAAUGCACCAAGUUCUCCAGGUGCGAGAGAAGAAGACCGACCCGGAAUUACUUGAAACUGCCACGCUACGCACUGGCACCACCAUGGACUUUGUGUUGGGCUUGAUGUACACCAGCAAUCAGUAUUUCAAUGUCUCCUGUCUCCUCGUCCGGGAAGUCAAGGGAGCCAAACCGUUCUCCUCAUACCCUACACUGCCACUUAAACAAGACUACAACCUUGGUCUCUCUGUCUUCAACGACGCCGGAACCGGUUUUCGAGCCGAGAUUCCUGAGCCCUCUCAAAUCGAAGAAGACAGUGUCUCAGGCUCUGAAAAGACCAUUGCCGGCGAUAAGACAAUCUCUGAGGAAGGAACGACAUCCGAUAAUGUUGGUGAGCCAACCCCCUCAGAGCCAGCAGCAGUGGGACGUUCAGUGGCAACCCGACGCCAUGUGAGCGAGUACGCUUCAGUGCCCAUGGAAUCCAGAGAAAUCAAGCUUGGGACAGGAGAAACGUUUCCCUAG